AUGGAGCCGCACAGGCGUCCGCCAGACCCCACAAAUAACGCAGAAGCCGCCUCCAGGAAGCGCAACGGCGCCGGGAGGGAUACUGACAGUGACGAUACCAUGAACUGUUAUGUCAGCAGUGAAGAGUCCGGUGACUACAACUUUGAGCUGGUUAAGAGCCGCAAAACUAAGAGGCGGUUUCUGAGCACGCCAUCCGAGUCGAGUGCGUCCACCAUAAGACAUUCGCGUAGUAUCGAGGCAUUCACCGUCCUGUUCAUGUCAGUUCUCGCCACUGACAAUAUGAGGCGCCUCAACAGGGAAGUCAUGUCUGCACAGCUGGAGGUACUGGUGCCAAACGAAAUCAAAGACAUCAGAGUAAUCACGCGCAAGAAUGUUAUAGCCACUGAUGUCAACCACGCAGCUGCGCUGGAUAUAUUGCGCAAGGUCACAGAGCUCAAUGGCACGGCAGUCCGUCCUCAAAUACCGCUCGGCAAAGAAGUCAUCAACGGGGUUCUAGCCGCUGCGGUAGUAGGCGCAGAGUCCACCGUGACAUCUCUGACCAACGAGGCCGGCCAGCGAGGAGGCUCUAGCGAAGUGUCCGGACGCCCAAAUCGUCAAGGUUUCGAGGUACUAAGACUUCAGGACACUGUGGCAGCGCUUCCGUCGGGCUUCCAAUCAGCAGAGGCUGUGACCUACGAUGCUAUGAACGCACCUCAAGCUGCUGGAGGUGAAGGCAGGUACGCGAUUGGCACCCCGUCACAGAUGCUGCACCAAACACAGAAUGGCGGCUCUUUUUCUGCCACCAGCGGUGAACAGUACCACGCCUCGGCUACGGACCACUACGGCGGCAUCGGAGGUCCUGGUGGUUCAGGCGGAUACGGCUUUCCAGAUGCCAUGAGGUACUACCACUACGGCUCGGGUCCGAAGGCGUACAACACCGAACACGCUUACGCCUACGAGAAGGUGUACCCGGAGCGCAGCUACAGCACCAACCACGCCACGUCUUACGAGAAACACUACGACGAUAACGACAAGAAAGGCGGGCCGUGGGACGGUGGUGGCUACGAGUCGAGUUUCAGCACCAGCUAUCCCAUCAGAGGUGGCCAUGCCGGCGGCGGCUACGGCUACCGACACGGGGAAAGUUACGGUAAGGGUAACGGCAGGGGGUACGCCGGCGGCUACGGACCGAAGGGCUACGAAUCACGCUACGACUCACGGCCCGCGGCCGCUUCGUCCACGGGGAGCCGAGGGGGUGCAAGAGCCGGUCCCAAGAUCAAGCGCUACGUCUACAGGAACCCUUACGACAAGAGCACCACGCGGGUUGUGGAGAUGCACUCGAGCCGCGGCCAACCCGACUGGGCUGCGUCCAACGAAAAUUGGCAGGUCUGGAGGGCGGACGACAUGGAACGGUUCGUGUUGGGACUGAUGCGCAACGGCUGAUGAGAACAUGCUGCUUAAUUACCAUGUUUGUGUUCGAUUGAAUUGGCAACGCCAUACCAGUGUUUUUUUUUUUCUUUCUUUCCUAUUUGAACAGUGCAGAACGCAACUCAAUGUCGAUGAAUUGCAGGACAUAAGCACUGACCAGCGACUGAAAAUAUUAUUGAGACACUUUGUGUUAUUCAGUUUUUUUUUCCUUCAUCCUUGGAAUUUGACUGGUGCUGCCGAAUAUA